AAGUGCGCAUGCGCCUGACGUCUCUUCCUCUUUCAGCUCAUCCAUUCCGACAUGGCGCCGAUAAGACCAACCGUGGUGAAAAAGAACAAAAAAGGAGCUUCCUGGAAGUUCACUUUGGACUGCACCCACCCAGUGGAGGAUGGCAUCCUAGACUCCGCCAACUUUGAGACGUUUCUGAAGGAGAAAGUAAAGGUCAAUGGGAAGACUGGUAAUCUUGGCAGUGUAGUCCAGAUCGCUCGGCAAAAGAACAAGAUCAGCGUCGUGUCAGAAAAGCAGUUUUCCAAGAGGUAUCUGAAGUAUCUCACAAAGAAGUACUUAAAGAAGAACAAUCUGCGAGACUGGCUCAGGGUGGUGGCCUCUGAUAAAGAGACCUACGAGCUGCGGUACUUCCAGAUCAGUCAGGACGAUGAGUCCGAGACUGAUGAGUAAAGCUCUCAUUUUUGGAGAGGCUGAUGUAAAGUCUGUGAUUGCUGAAAAUAAAUCAAUGGAUUUUCAUCAAACCUGAA